CAUCUCGGAUCAGCAAGAGCUUGACUGCCACAACACAGGAUGCGUUCACUUGCCCUCUUCUUUGUCGCCGUGUCCGUCACCUGGGCUGACCUUUCACCUCUCUCCCAGGAGAUGAUAAACACUAUCAACAAGGCCAACUCCACCUGGAAGGCAGGGCGCAACUUUCACAAGGUUGAUGUCAGCUACGUGAAGGGGCUGUGUGGCACCAUCCUGAAUGUAGCCAAAGCCCCACAAGUAGUUCACGACACUAAAGGUAUAAAACUUCCAGACAGCUUUGAUGCACGCCAGCAGUGGCCUAAGUGUGCUACUCUCAAGCAGAUCCGGGACCAGGGCUCUUGCGGGUCCUGCUGGGCCUUUGGGGCAGCUGAGGCGAUAUCUGACAGAUUAUGCAUCCAUAGUAGUGGAGAAAUCUCUGUGGAGAUCUCAGCUGAAGACCUUCUGUCCUGUUGUGAUGGAUGCGGGAUGGGGUGUUUUGGUGGUUCUCCCUCUGCUGCUUGGGACUUCUGGGUCCAGAACGGCCUCGUGACCGGAGGCCUGUACGACUCCAAAAUGGGUUGCCGCCCGUACUCCCUUGCCCCGUGUGAGCAUCACGUCAACGGAACGCGUCCUCCAUGUCAGGGCGAACAGGAGACUCCCAAAUGUGUGGAACAGUGCAUUGACGGCUACUUGCUGUCUUACCCCAAGGACAAGCACUUUGGAAGACGAGCGUAUAGCAUAUCUUCCGACCAGGAGCAGAUCAUGACGGAGAUUUACAAGAAUGGACCUGUGGAGGCUGCUUUCAGUGUUUAUGCAGAUUUUCUUCAGUACAAGACUGGUGUGUACCAGCAUGUGACAGGGGAGAUGCUGGGGGGUCAUGCCAUCAAGCUCCUUGGCUGGGGGCAGGAGAACGGGGCAUCUUACUGGUUGGCAGCCAACUCUUGGAACGGUGACUGGGGAGAUAAAGGUUUUUUCAAGAUCAAGCGUGGAAGUGAUGAAUGCGGUAUCGAGUCGGAGGUGGUGGCUGGAAUCCCACUUGUCACUGUGGAGGUGGGCUGCAGAGGCCUCAUGGGCAGGUCAACUACCAGUCUCCUUAAGAACAUGGGAAUCCGGGGCCAGGACCAACGUCAAGCCAUCAAAGCCCUGUCCAGUGCUCUGGAUCAGGAGGAGAGACAACAACUGGGCUCCAAAGCUCGUUGCUGCGUGGUCGUUCUGCGCUCAGCACGAGCGAGGGCGUGUCUGAGCGCGCUAUCAGCAGAGACGCCUCUUGCGCACUGUCAGCAGAGGCGCACGCAGUUCCACCUGCCAUGGAUACGCGGACAUCGAGCGCGGGUCGUUGUCGAGGGGCGGCUACGAUUAAUAGGUUGCCAUCAUGUUUCUGUCUCUGCUGGAAUUGUGGACAGUCCAUUGGGACUUUGUAUUCUCCAGAGCCGACACCGUGCUUCUGUGCUCGCUCACGGCCGCCCUUUGCUAUCUGUGGGGCCGCAAGAGCCAGGUCUGGUGUGCAGCGAGACUUUCCGCAAGUUCCUCCACCAGCACUGUCCUGUGGUGACAGAGCGCUUCAGUCCAACGCCGUGGUGCUGGGGAGGCCGUCUUCAAACAGUGGUCUCCUACUUCAUCAAGUCCAGACCUGCCGUCACUUAUCGCAAUACGCGGAUCUGCACAGCUGAUGGUGGUCAGAUAUCUCUUGACUGGGUGGACAAUGAUGCCAGCACCGCCUACCCAGAAUCCUCCACCCGGCCCACGGUGCUCCUCCUUCCCGGCUUGACGGGGAACAGCCAGCAAUCUUAUGUGCUCCAUGCUAUCAAGCAGGCCACCAGGCAUGGCUACAGAUGUGUGGUCUUCAACAACAGAGGCUUUGGAGGUGAAGAGCUGCUUACUCCGAAAACAUUCUGUGCCGCCAACACUUCAGAUCUAGAGCAUGUGGUGUGCCAUGUCAAAAGUCUCUACCCACAAGCUCCCAUCUUUGGUGCUGGUGUCUCUUUGGGAGGCAUGAUACUGCUGAACUACUUGGGCCGUAAGGGGUCGGAGUCCGGGAUGGUGGCGGGUUUGACCAUCUCCGUCCCCUGGGAUGCGCAAAAGUCCGCUAUUUCCAUGGAGGAACGUCUUAACUGGCUGCUCUUCAACAGACAACUCACACUCGGACUGUGUAAAGCUGUCCUCAGGCACAGGAAGAUUCUGGAGAAAGUGGUGGACAUUGAGAAUGUCAUCCAGGCUCGCACUAUCCGGGAGUUUGAUGAACGCUUUACCACACUGCUGUUUGGCUACGAAACAUGCACAGAUUACUACCACGAUGCAAGCCCUGACAAAAAACUGCCUCAUAUCGCUGUGCCCAUCUUGUGUCUCAAUGCAGCCGACGACCCCUUCUCUCCACAACACUACAUCCCCUUCACCGUAGCCCAGGACCUGUCAAAUGUGGCACUUUUGGUGACAUCCCACGGUGGACACAUAGCCUUCAUGGAGGGCUGGUUCCCAUGUGGAGAGAGUUACAUGGAGCGUGUGUUCAAUCAGUUUGUCCGAGCUUCCUUGGAACACCCAAAUGACAUCAGAAAAGCAUGCAGCCUGGAGUAGGAAGAGACAUGCUGAGUGUCUGUGCUUUUUGAAAUACUGAUUGUAAUGGGGCUAUUGCACUAAAACACAAUUGUGUGUGAGUGUAGGGUUUUUUUUUGUCUUAGAACAACUGUAAUCAAGGAUAACACCAUCACCAUUGUGUUGAUCUACCUCAAUGCCUCAGUAUUCAGGAGAUUUAACAUCAUUGGCUGCUCACAGGUCACAAAAUAAAUUCUUUGUAAUCAUUCCUUGCAAAUGUUUUAGAUGUUAACAAUACAGUUAAAUCUUAAUUAUUUAGUUCACUUUUCAUCUUUUCCAUGUUAUUUCUUAAUACCCUCAAUAAAACACCAAUUAUUUACACAAGAUAAAA